GUCCCAUGUGGUAUUAGUAUACUCAAAAUCACAAACUUUCCUUAUUCUCUUCAUCUGACUCCGUGGUCGUUUCGUCUUCGAUUGACUAGGGUUCUCUCUAACGCGUCUAUCUAGGACUUCGCUCGCUUCCGCUACUUCUCUUCGAUUCAUACCUCUCUUCAUUCAAUUCUACUUUCCUGAUUACACUUCGAGGUUCGGAUUCAAUUUAUUCAAUCUCCCCUAGCUCAAUUUUUACUUCGCGCCAUCGAUUUCAAGGGUAUAUUUCUCAUCCUCGAAUCGCUCUUCCACUUUUCCUUUACAAUACCCGGAUUCGUUGAGAAUUUGACGAGUCUUUUGUUGGGUUUUACUUCUUUUCCUGUUCACUUCGCGAUUCCAGUCGCGAUCUGAAUUAUUUUUUUUUCAUUUAGGGUUUCGAUUCAGUAUUUUUUUUUCCGCCGAUUUCCGGAGAUUCUUAUUGUAAAAAAUUGGGGAUUUAGGGUUUUCUUCGGGGAUUAUUGGGUCGGGUUCGGUAUUUCAAUGGCUGCGGGGAGAAUGGGGGGUUAUCGAGACUAUGAUAUGAAGGACCGCGAUUCCAGUUUUGAUGUAACUGCGAAAGAAGGAUACGAACGGGGGCGGAGCGGUAACCGUGAAAGCAAUAAGAGUCGAGGUCGGGAUGUUAGAGACAGAAUUAGGGUCCGGCAAAAGGAUAUCAAGGAAAGGGAAGUGGGUAAUGGUAGUUUACGAUCUUCGAGUAAAAGUGAUUCUGGAAGCAGUGGUGGUAUUGCUUCUCACGGAUUGAAGCAAAAGGUUUUAGUUGUCAGGACAAUGGAUAGGGAGCCGGGUGAGCUAUCCAGUGAGAGUGGAUCUGAUGAUGCCACCGAGUCCGGAUUACGAUCUAAAAAUAGUGAGUCGGCUAAGGUGGUGGAGAAUGGUAUUCGUUCUCCACCAGAGAAGAAGAGGAAGUUUUCACCAAUUGUUUGGGACAGAGACGAUAAGGAAGAGACUACUUCCACAAGAAAUAAGGUUGCCAAGGCUGCUACAGUUUCUUCUGUGCCGUCACCAAAGGGGCAGAAGACAUCUCCUAAUGAAAUUUUGGAUACUCUUGAUGCCAUGCAUACGGCAGAUGGUACAAGUAAGGAUCCCGAGUACUUGCAACCUUCCUCUCUUGUUGAAUCUUCUGCUAGGGACCUUGGAUCAGAUGAAUUCUUCGCAAAUGGUUCACCAAGGAUGCCAUCUUCUGAUUCACUUAGGAAACCAUGGCAGAAUGAUCUUGAAGCAGAAAAUUUUGGGGACGAUGAUUAUGCUCCCACAAGAAACAUUUCAUCCUCUAGAUGGGCUGCUGGGAACAACACUCCUGGCGAUGAAGGUGAAAUUUUAGACGAGGAAAUGCCCAAAAGGCGGAAGACAACGCCAAUUUCUGAGUCCUUGGAGGGCAGCAAAGUACAAAGAAAAUCAUUAACUCCAGAGAUUGGGGAGGUGAAGAGACAAGGCUCUGAAGCAGGGACAAGGUCAUCUGAAUCGACGGAACGUGGUGAGCGGUCUCGAUCAUCUAGUGCGAACCAUUACCUUGGUAAUGAUUCUGAGAAGGAUGAAGGCAUGGAUCUUGGUGAUGAAAUUCAUAGAAUGGAUACUAGCAGUAGCCGGUCGGAAACUGAUUCUGAGGAUGAGACAGAAUCUCCCGAGGAAGCAGAGCCUAGUGGCCAUCCUACCCAACGUAGUGUAAAUAUGCUUCAAGGCUGUAGAAGUGUUGAUGAAUUUGAAAGAUUGAACAAGAUUGAUGAAGGAACUUAUGGUGUUGUAUAUAGAGCCAGAGACAAGAAAUCAGGGGAAGUUGUUGCGUUGAAGAAGGUAAAAAUGGAAAAAGAACGAGAAGGUUUUCCCAUGACUUCUUUGAGAGAAAUAAACAUUCUUCUGUCUUUUCACCACCCUUCAAUUGUCGAUGUAAAGGAAGUGGUGGUGGGCAGUAGUCUUGAUAGCAUUUUUAUGGUAAUGGAGUACAUGGAGCACGAUCUAAAAGCACUCAUGGAGACAAUGAAACAGCCAUUUAGUCAAAGUGAAGUCAAAUGCCUGAUGCUUCAGUUACUGGAGGGUGUUAAAUACCUUCACGAUAAUUGGGUGCUCCAUAGGGAUUUAAAAACAUCAAAUUUACUUAUGAAUAACCAAGGAGAGUUGAAGAUCUGUGACUUUGGUCUAGCUCGUCAAUAUGGGAGCCCCUUGAAAACGUAUACACAUAUGGUUGUUACUCUUUGGUACAGGGCACCUGAACUUCUCUUGGGAACAAGAAAGUAUUCGACAGCUAUUGACAUGUGGUCAUUGGGUUGUAUUAUGGCUGAAUUAUUGUCAAAGCAACCACUGUUUAAUGGAAAAACUGAAGUCGAUCAACUUGACAAGAUAUUCCGAACUCUAGGCACGCCUAAUGAAACGAUUUGGCCUGGAUUUUCCAAGCUUCCAGGAGUAAGGGUCAACUUUGUUAAGCACCAGUACAACUUAUUGCGUAAGAAAUUCCCGGCGACAUCAUUUACCGGUUCGCCAGUUCUUUCUGAUUCAGGAUUUGAUUUGUUGAACAAACUUCUAACUUACGAUCCUGAGAAGAGAAUUACAGCUGAGGCCGCUCUUAAUCAUGAAUGGUUCUCAGAAGUUCCUCUUCCAAAGUCAAAAGAAUUCAUGCCUACUUUUCCUGCUCAGCAUGCUCAGGACAGGCGUUUACGGAGAGUAAUGAAGAGUCCAGACCCCUUAGAGGAGCAACGUAGAAAGGAGUUGCAGCAAGGGGAAUUGGGAACAUCUGGCUUGUUUGGCUAAGAGAACGGAUCUGGUAAUUUGGCCAAGGCUGCCUUGAAGUUAUUUUUCUAAUAACUCUGACUAUUGGACCUGAUUGAGGUGAGGGAAGAAGGCUGUGAAUCUUGUUUUGACAGAUGAUUGCUAGUGCUAUUUUAGCGGGCAUUCACGGUUAUCUGGUUCAAGAUAUGUAUUUUUUUUUUUUUUUUUGAUUCUGUCAAGAAGUCUAUUGCAGCUUGACGUCAAUUCUUCUCCUCUGGUCAUCAUAUAGAAAAUGCUUCACUGACACGGCUUGCAUGGCAAGGUGUGGAACAUUGUUGUUUUCUUGCAAAAAAGAUCAGAUUCAGCAGAAACUAAUUGUGUAACAUAUUCCUAUUGAUAAUUAGGCUGUUGGCCAUAAAUUUUAUUCAUAAUAUUAGAUUACCAUGGAUUUACUGCCUACAUAGUUCCAAUAUAUCUCCUUUUAAUAUUUGAAUUGUGUUUGCAAGAGAUGGUUGGUGGGAAGGGAAGGGCGGUCUUUGCUUCUCGUUGGUGAAGAAUUUGACAGUUACGUUAGUUUUUCAAAGUAUUGAAGAUUCAAUCUUUUGUCAGUCCCCGUGAUUUUUCUGCACAUGUCACUGCAGUAUCAAAGCUAGCAGGUUGAGGAGCUUACCUGCAUUGCUCUGGAAGGUAUUAACUUAGUUCUUGAAUCGCACACUUGAGGUACUAUAUGCAAACUUUGUUUCUGUUUGCAUUUCUUUGAAGUUCCUAAGUAUUUGCUCAGCAGCUUUCUUCUUUGAAGUGCUGUUAGGAAUAGGUUAUUUUUCUCUGUUAUACAGAAAAAUAUGGUUAACCAGACUUUAAGCUGACUGUUAUAAGUGUGCUAUCAAGCGUGGCGGAGAUCGAGUGAGAAUCCUUAACCCUUAGCUGUUAGUGUUCUAUACAAUUGGUCUAUUUCUCUGAAAAUGUAUUUUGUGUUCGUUCAAACUAAAGAUCGAUGGAUUUGUUACAAGCAUGUUGGCUAUAGUCUUCUAACUUAACAUGUUUGGCAUCCAUGAUGCGGUUUGUAGAAUUAUGGUCAGUGCAUCAGUUUUGAAAUUUGCCAUGGUUGUCUGCGUUAACUACGUUGGUUUUGUCAACAGUUUUAGUGUUGUGCAGUAUUCAAGUGUUGUUUUUUCUACGCGUAAAUGUGAGAACAUAAGUUAAAGUCAUUACAUUGUGAUGGAUGUCACGGAUUGAAAAGUGGAUUUGGACUUUCCGGAACCCCAUAGUUUUGGCUUUACAGAUCUGUCUCUGGUGUCUAAAUUGCUUGCUAUGGUAAAUCGAUCUUUGUUUGUUUUCUUAGAGCUAGUGAAUAUAUCCAGCAAAAUCCUGCCUAUAUCUAAUUUUGAGUGUUGAAGGGGUUUCUUGCUUGUUUCUUUUUUAUUCAAUCUGACAAGUUAUUAUUGCUGUAAGUUCUCUAUUAUAUAUUUUCACUUUCCAAGUUCUAACGCGCUUCAUUUCGCCCUAAAGUCCAACAUGAAGGCGGCGUUUGGUCUUGGUCUUGGUGAAUAAUCCGUAGAACCAAUCUCAAAACCAUUUGUCCGGCUUAAAAAAUGCACUCAUUCACAAUGGAGGAGGUUUUCUGAACGCUGGUUUUUAUGGUAUCUUAUAUGGUUCUCAUUACUAUACAUCCAAAUUAGAUCAGUAUAUUUGAUGUACUUAAUAAGUUCCUGAGUAACACUAAUUUGGUAAUGCAAAUGCUAUUGUUCUUUUAGGAA